GACAAGCUAAAUCCAGUUAAUGAAUGUAGUAGCAGGGAGAGAUCUCUGAAAAAAAGUAAAUCAGAGUUAGAAAUCAAAUGGCCACCAGCAAAAAAACAGAAGUAGAAGUCCCAUCAACACCCGCAUGGUGUCAUCGUGCCCAGAAUUCAGGAUCAAGCUACGAACCUAAAAUGGGCAUGACAACAUUUAAAGUUGUCCCUCCCAAACCAGAAGUAAGACAUUUUGAUAGAGGAGUUUCAGUCUCCACUGGUGCCAUUAAGAUAGAUGAACUGGGCAAUCUUAUAGGCCCAAACACCAGUGUUAGUAAGCUUGUACAAGGUUUUUCUUCUGAUGAAAGUGAGGAAAUUCAUAUUGGAAGAGUGAAGGCAUUCUGGAGGUCAAGUUCUAUGGAAAAGCAAAGUGAUGACUCUGCUGAGCAUUUUCCUAAAAAGUCAAUAGUCACCGCAAAUUCUAAGCCCUUUACUAUAAAACAUGAACACAAACCUGUCUGUCUUUCAGCUCCAAAACCUGCAGCACCAUUAACUGUUACUACCCAGGUAGCUGAAAGACAAUCUGAGAAUGAGAGGACCAAACCAGCUCUUUCAGUUACCCAGACCCAGGUAACACAAUUAGCAGCCCCAGCUGUUAGUAAGGACAAGCUGGAACUCCCGUUCGUAAAGCCACACAGGAGAACUUCAAGUCAGUAUGUUGCCUCUGCCAUUGCAAGACACAUCAAUGCAACUACCUUUAAAUCUGACACUAUGGAAUAUAAUGAGAAAGAUGAAAACAAGCAAGGGGCAGGAGAGGUUAAAAAUGAAGUGGAAGUUUCACCAAAAAGAUGUAUUAUUGUGGCCAAAUAUAGCCCUGUGGAAACAGAGUCAUCAGAAACAAGAGAAACCCUUUCAAGUAUUUUUGCUUGCAGUCAGAAAGCAUCCCACAGGUUUACACCUGGUGAUAAUUCUGGCAUGGAAAACAAAGUAGUUAAUAUCAGGGCACCAAAUCAAGCAACUCCUGUGAGUUUCUAUAAAAAGAAUGCCAGUGUCCCACUUACUAAAUCCUCUUCAAAGGAUAACAACAGUGCAGAAGAUGAUCAUGGUUUAAACAGCAAGCAAAGUGUAGCAGAGAAAAAGACUGUGUUUGACCAGAAGUGUGAGACUUUGACCCAUACUAAUUCAACCUCAUCCCUCAAGUCUCCUGAUCUUCAAGGAGUCCCAUCCUCUUUCAGCUCAUCUUCACGAGCCACUAAAUGGCGUCCCACUAAUGGUGUACAAGUUAGUUCACUUAAAGCUUCACCUGCGCUAAAUGGUGCAGCAGCAAAUGCAGAGUCAGAACAGGAGGAGAAACCUGAUGAUUCAGAUGUUAAUACUGUUGGUGAACUGGAUGUUAAUGUGCAGACCAAUAUUUUCGGACCAAAGAAGAAGUUCAAACCUGUCAUCCAAAAGCCAGUUCCAAAGGACACAUCAUUGCACAGUGCCCUAAUGGAAGCCAUUCAAACAGCUGGGGGAAAGGAGAAACUCAGAAAGGUUUCAAAUGGUGCGUUAAAUGGCAAUCACGGGAAACCCUCAUACACUGAGCCAGAGAAUGAGCGCUCAGCCCUACUAGCAGCAAUUAGAGGCCACAGUGGCACCUCAAAGCUAAAAAAGAUCUCCUCAUUGGCCUCCCAAGAGCUGCAGCGUUUUAGGGACGCAGAACGGUCCUUGCAGAAGGCAGAAGACCUUCAGGAAGAGCAGCUGUGUAUCCCACCUGCCCCUGCCCAGCCACCACCACCACCACCUCCCAUGCAGCUGUCAGCAGCCACUCCUAAAUCCUCUGCCACAGCUUCAGGUAAUCCAAUGGAAGCAAGACAAGCCCUGUUGGAGGCCAUUCGCUCUGGUGCUGGAGCAGCAAAGUUAAGAAAGGUCCCUCUGCUCGUUUGAAUCAUGUAAAAAGAAUAGGUAACUGGAAAAUCUAACCCCGUAUGCACCCAUAAUCAUCAUUCAAAGUCUGAAGUGGCAAAAAACAUCAAGAAGUUUAGUUUAUUCUCUUGACUACAAGCCAAAAUAAGUUGUAGUUAAUUUUCUGUGUGUUCCUGCAUAAUGGUUCUAAGGGGAAAAUAUGUUGCUCUGCUGUAAAGCUUCUGUGCCAAGGAAUUGUGUUUUGCCUCUGAAUAUUUAAGGUUGCCAAUAAACUAUUCUUGUUGGCAGGUUAAUAAGAAUAUAAACACUGUGCAGUCCUGUGUUAAUACUUAAUUGUGUUUAUGGGCAAAACUAAAAACUUUGCUAGCUAUCUGAAAAGUAAUACUCAUUUCCAGCUGUUAAAAUAUAUAACUAUUUCAAACUAUUCACUUGCUUCUUUUUUGAUUUCAAGAAGGGCUGUAAGUGAUUAGGGUGAAAACCAGAGUAAAGAUCUAUAAAAAACAAUCACAAGAAAAAAGUUAUGAUACCUAAAUUGUCAUGUGUUGGGGUCACUGGUUUUUAAAAUUAAAUUAACUUUGUAUCUCUGCUGGAGCUCUGAGAAAGCAGGCAAUCAAUAAUGAAUGUGAGACAGUGUCUAUUGAAAAGUUACUUAUGGGGUAUGAUGUAUAGAAUGCUAAUGUGCAGAGAUAUGCUGAACCCUGGUAACAAACAUGGAACUUCAAAAAUAUUGAGCCACCUUAAAGGAUCUCUAUUUGCAACAGACUGUGAAGGUUAUAAAUAUGAUUCAGAGUAUAGAGGUCGAAGAUGUAGAAUUCAUUCUGCACUGUGAAAUGAAGCGGAGCUGGUUUAUGUCAGUAACCAGAACUUUUGUGGUCUAUUGUUCAGGUCAUGCAUAAGUUGGCCCUUGGUUUCUAAUGCAUAUGGCUGUUGUAUGUUGUCUCACAAGUAUUUAUAGCAGCAUCUUUUUCAAAUGUUAACUACUUUGGUAGUUGUUGUUGUACAUAUUUUGAAAAUAUUUCGUUAAAUUGAUUAACUUAAAAAGGACAAAUGAAAAUGCUUUUUCACAUUUCCUAUAUUGUAAUGAAACUGAAGAAGAUGAAGUUUGUACAUUUACAUUUUUAUAAUCACAGACUACAGCAGUGGCAGAUUUUUUCUUUAAGCUGGAAUUUAAAAUGUAUAGCUAUGGACUAUUGAAAGCACGAGAAUAUUUAGCCAUCUGCAUUUAAUGUGACUAUAUAUUAUAUAUUAUAAAAUAUUGAUAUCUGUUAGUGCCACAAAUAAAAAUGAAAUCAAAACCUGACAUGACUUUAAAGGCUCCUUUUUUUGUUAAAUAUUUGCCAUUUACUGAAAGAAAUUAGACCUAGAAAUGGAGUUUAGCA